AUGGAGACUACAUUCGUCGGCAUAUGCAAUAUGGAUCUCAUUUCACAAUGCCAUAGACUUCCAAACCUUGGCGAAACAAUCCACGGAAUUAGCUUAGGCCACGGAUUUGGCGGUAAAGCACCAAAUGCUUGUGCACAGUUCGCAUUCCUCUCCGACGAAAAUCACAAGCCAAACCUUCUCACAUCAGUUGGCGAUGACUCUGAUGGUAAGGUUUGCAUCAACCACUUCAAAGAAAUCGGUAUCUCAACAGAUUUCGUUCAAGUUGUCAAAGAAAUCCCAACAGGAUGUGCAAUUUGCUUCGUACUCGAUGGUGGCGAGUCAGCUAUCAUCAUCCACCCAAAUCCAGUCACAAUUGAUAUGGUUCAUAAGAUGUCUGAGAAGCUCUCUCACAGCAAGUACGUCGUCACCAACUUUGAAAUCCCUGUAGAGACAGCCCUCGAAGUUCUCAAGAUCUCUCGCCAGGGAGGAGCUAAAACAAUUCUUAAUGUUUCUCCCCUUCCAGAAAAGAAGGACAUUAACCUCUUCAAGGAUGCAUCCAUCGUUAUCCUUAACGAACACGAGCUUGCCACCUUCGGAAAAGUUGAAGAUUUCUUCGAAGUUGGCGUUGAAGCUGUUGUAUGCACAAAAGGGCCAGAAGGUGCUUCAGUUUACGAAAAGGGCAAGCCAACAGUUUCUGUCCCAUCACCAAAGGUUAAAGCUGUCGAUACAACAGGUGCAGGCGAUUCAUUCCUUGGUGCUUUCUCAUAUUGCCUUUCUAAAGGUUGCAGUUACGAAGAUGCUGCACGUAUUGCCUGCGUUUGCGCAUCCAUUUCUGUUACAGCUCUUGGUGCACAAGGUUCUUAUGCUCAUAGAGAUCAUAAACAACUUAAGGACAUCCUUCCAAAAUAA